CUGGUUUUAGGGCAGACAUGGCAGAGUCUAUCCAGUUCUUCGCGGGAUCCUUCUCCACGGCUUUGCCCGCGCAUCGAAAUCGCAGCUUGCCAAAUGGAUCGUCGCUCUUCUUCGCCAGAAUGCGGCGGAGAUUGGCGGCCGCAGCUCCUGAGAAUUGGGAGGGGGUGAUCAAGCUGGAGGAGGAGGAGGCGUCGACGCUGAUUGAUCUUUGCCGGGAUUUGGACUGGGAGGGAUGCGUGGAUGCGCUGCGCAGGGAGGCGCUCCGGAUGAAUGAUGCGACCAGGGUUGGCGCGGCGAGAGUGGCGCAGGGGGUUAGCUGCGCUGCUAGUGGUGGGAAUGGCAAUGGCGAGCAGUGGGACUACAAGGAAGCGGUCGCGGAUUUGAGAAGAAGGGCGAGUUUCCAGGCUGCUGAAGAGAUGGUCAAGAAUCUCAAUCCACCGGACUAUGCUCAAGCAGUCUCUAAGCUCGCUCACCAAAUUCUUAACGCCUGCGAGCAACACUUGCAAGACGACACUUGCGGUGGAGGAAACGGAUCAACGAGCCCAGCGACGGCACCCUCGUUUCUCCUGGCAACUCUCGCGGGUAUUCACGGUUUCAUUGGCUUUUCCGCCAUGGCCGACGAGUUCCAAUCUCAAGCUCAAGCUGCUCAAGACAAAAUUCCAUCUUGGCUUCCCACUGCUGUUCUGGGAGCUCCAGUUGCAGCGUACUUGAUCUUCAGCGUCUAUAGAGACCAGGUGAAUCCUCAAGCAAAGCUCACGGAUUUUUUCUUUGCUCUGGCUGCUAUGUUUAUAGUUGGGAACCUCAUCACUUCGGCCACACUCGGGGUGAGGCUCUAUUAAAUUCUCCAUGAGGCUCUCUCUACUGAAGACCAUGUAUAUUCUAUUCUCGUUCUAAGAAUGCAUAAGAUACCGCCACGCUAGACGUCUUA